AUGGCUUUUUUGAAGCGGGCACUACAUUUGCUGGAACUCAUUGAAGAUCGGAGGUACGGGGAUGCGACUGCGUUAACGAAAUCUGUGGCUCAAGAAGAAAACGGAGUGCUGGAAGGUUUCGCUCCAGACCUGAUCUACAAAGUCGCUUAUAGUUUUGGAAAUGAAGACAAUCCUCAUCUGAAGGACCUACUUAUGGGAUUGUUCAGUUUAAUGUUGUCCGUGGAAGAGAAAUACCGUUUAUGCUACGAACUGCUCACAUUGCGAACAUCACCUGAGCUCACGGAGGUUCUUGUGUCUCAAUUAGGAACUUUAAUUAGCACAGUUUUCCAGACGCAACACCCGAAGUUAUGGAGCCAAUUGUGCGAUGAAUUACCACUGAAGUUGGAACAACGACUUUGUCAAAGAUUAGCAAACAAAGACGAGGAUGCUAUAGUUUUGCGCGCUUGUUACAUGAACGUUCUGCCUAUAAUUUCAAGGUUUGGUCGCCUUGUUGAUCGCAUACUCAGCGAACUUCCUAUGGAAGAAGCAGCAACUUAUCCGUUCCUUAUUUGGCACGCCAGAGAACACCCAUUUUCUCCAAAAUUAGAGAUGUUCUUGCUUUUGCUACGAUUCAUUGACGAUAUCGGUUCAGAGACACGUGGAGUUGCUAUUAUGGCAAUGUUACAGGGUAUCAUAUCGUAUUUUCCGGUGCAACCUCGAGCCCUUCUUCUGAAAAACAUUGUUUUUGGAAUUACCAGCAAGACAGCAAACGAGUCGAAAGCAUUGGCAUGGUUGCUAGAUCAAUUCGAGCAUCAUUUGAAUGAGAAGGUUUUUGAGGAUGAGUUGGGGAGCGUUUUUGGAGUUUUAGAAGACGUCAUUUAUGACGACAUUGUUGAUUCAAGAAGUUUUUAUGCAUCACUGCUGCGUCUUAUUCGGAGCUUCACUCGCAACUGUUCCAAUACCAAAUUACUCGCCGAAGUGCGAAAGCGGCUUAUAGUACGCCUGCAUGAAAAGCUGGUAGAAUAUCUACGUCUGGACGUGAUGAACGAGAAAUCGAGAGCCAGUCAAGCGGACCAAAUUCUAUCCGUUGAGCUUGUUUGCCCUUCUUCAAGUGCAGACGAGGAGGCCUAUCCUCUGAUAGUUUCAGUUCUAAAGGACUGUGAAGAGACUUUGGUCAUUAUUGAUGGAGUACUCCAGAACUCCGUAACAUGA